CAACCCCUCAAAGUCGCAAUCGUAGUGCCGAAUGUCCCCAUUAUAAGAAGCUCGUCAUACGCCCACAUCCUUGCCAUCGCCGUGCAUACGCGAAUGUCGACGCGCAUGUGCGUUGAGAACCGUUUGCCGGAGACUUCCGUCACACCUUUCCUUGCUGGGCCUCCUUCGGAUCACUUCUACCACCCUUCACUCCCCCUCCUUUGGCUGUGGGGCGAAAAUCACUUUCUGGCUCACAGAGGGACGGCCCGUUCCCCAGCCAUUAUUGUACAAACUCAUCCAAAUUCCAUCUGCAAUGGCGGGCUGAUGAGAAUUAUAGAUUUUGACACAGGUCAGGUAUUUCACCGCAGUUGUGCCUUUAAUCUUGGCUACAAUCGUCAGCGUUCAGUAUUGCGUUCAAACAGUAGCUUCUUAGUUGACCAGUUGUUUAUGUCUCAUACUCGUUCAUUCACUACCUGCAUCUCUUACUGUUUGAGUCUAUUGCUUACCAUGAAUCUCCCCGUCGUGCACACAUCGACUUGGCGCUCGUUGCCAAAAUAUGGGGCGACGGCCCGAUAUCCCACCACCAUGCGAACCACAUCACCUCAAAUGCAGUAGUUGC